AGUACCUUCUGAAAAUCCCAGUAGAUUCAAGGAGAUGGAUGUCUCUUGAAUGUAUUUGUUCAAUUCUUCAAAGAUUUGUCAUCUCUCUGUGGAGCAGAGGAACUGGUCUCAUCCCAGCACACAGCCUGUACGCUGAUGAGGGUGCAUCAGAAAUAAAUGACUGCAAUCUGUUUUCCCUUGGAGAAACCAAAUCCCAGAUCUGGUGCUGUAAGCCAAUACCUCGGAGGUUAUAUUGCGCCAGCACCCUGGCAGGAGGCAGGACAGCCCUCCUCUGAAGAGACCUUAAAGGCGCUUUGCGUGUGCCUCUGUCUGUAUGACUGCAGCAAGAGGGAGCCGGGAUGGCGAAGGUCCAUUGCGUACUCCUCCUCGUCUCCACAGCUGGGCUGGCCCUGUGCUAUGAACACGAGACUCGCCUCGUCGAGGACUUGUUCAGGGACUACAACAAGGUGGUGCGCCCAGUGGAGGACCAUCGUGACGCUGUCGUCGUCACUGUCGGGCUGCAGCUCAUUCAGCUUAUUAGUGUGGAUGAAGUAAAUCAGAUUGUGACAACCAACGUACGCCUCAAACAGCAAUGGACAGACGUCAACCUCAAGUGGAAUCCAGAUGACUAUGGUGGCGUGAAAAAAAUCCGCAUUCCCUCAGAUGAUAUCUGGCGGCCAGACCUUGUUCUUUACAACAACGCAGAUGGUGAUUUUGCCAUUGUUAAAUACACCAAAGUCCUUCUGGAGCACACGGGCCUGAUCACCUGGACACCACCAGCUAUUUUUAAAAGUUACUGUGAAAUUAUAGUCACGCACUUCCCCUUUGACCAGCAGAACUGCAGUAUGAAGUUGGGAACUUGGACGUAUGACGGUACAAUGGUUGUUAUUAACCCGGAGAGUGAUCGGCCAGAUCUGAGUAACUUCAUGGAGAGUGGGGAGUGGGUGAUGAAGGACUACCGCGGCUGGAAGCACUGGGUCUACUACGCCUGCUGCCCUGACACCCCAUACCUGGAUAUCACUUACCACUUCCUCAUGCAGCGCCUGCCUCUCUACUUCAUCGUGAAUGUCAUCAUUCCCUGCCUGCUCUUCUCCUUUUUAACUGGGUUAGUUUUUUACCUACCCACAGAUUCAGGUGAGAAAAUGACACUCAGCAUCUCUGUCCUGCUGUCUUUGACUGUGUUCCUUCUGGUCAUUGUGGAGCUGAUUCCCUCCACCUCCAGUGCAGUGCCUCUGAUAGGCAAAUACAUGUUGUUUACAAUGGUGUUUGUCAUUGCUUCAAUCAUCAUCACGGUCAUCGUCAUCAACACCCACCACCGCUCCCCAAGCACUCACACCAUGCCGCCCUGGGUCAGGAAGAUCUUUAUUGACACAAUCCCAAACAUCAUGUUUUUCUCUACAAUGAAACGACCAUCCAGGGAUAAACAAGACAAAAAUAUUUUUGCAGAAGAUAUUGAUAUUUCUGAAAUUUCUGGGAAGCCAGGUUCUGUACCUGUCAACUUCUACUCCCCACUUACCAAAAAUCCAGAUGUGAGAAAUGCUAUAGAGGGAAUCAAAUACAUUGCAGAAACGAUGAAAUCGGACCAAGAAGCCAGUAAUGCUGCAGAAGAAUGGAAGUUUGUUGCGAUGGUGGUUGAUCAUCUUCUUCUUGGCAUAUUUAUGCUAGUUUGUAUUAUAGGAACAUUAGCUGUGUUUGCUGGUCGCCUUAUUGAAUUAAACCAGCAAGGAUGAACAUCAACUGGAAACUAUUUGCUACCCUGGUCAGCAUCUGAAAGCAUCUUAACCAUCAAAACCUGGCCAGCCUCCGAAAGUUUCACGGACAGGAAUUGGUCCCUGCUGGGAAAGAAUAGGGAUAAUAAAACGUAAGGCUUCAUGCUUAGCACUUCUGAGCUGCUGCUCAGUGGCAUUUCAUUGCCAAAAAGAAAUGCUUGCAUUGCUGGUAGACUGAAAGUCUGUCAGCCAGGUUUUGAUCCAUUUCACCAUUUAUUAAAAAUGUUAAUGUAUUAAUAAGACUGUCUGACUUUGUAACCCACAGAUACAAUUCUAGUGAAAUCAAUAGCACUGUAAUGAGCUUCAGCUGAGCUGUAAAUCUGUAUCCAACUCUAGCAUUCAAGCUGGUUUCAAUAUCUGCUCUGUGGUUUUUGUGUUGGCAGAGUCACAAAUGACUCCUCUUGUAACACUAGAUGUAACCGACAGAAAUAUCUCAAA